UAAGAUCACUUUCUUGUCCAGCCGGACUAAAACUGUGACAGGUUAAUAGAUAUGUAAGAAAAUAAGUCUACAUCUAUAUAGCUGUGUCAUACAUUAAGGAUUUCAAGAGUCAGAACACACAAUGUUAAUGUAACCAACAUAUUCUGAAUGGAAGGAAGAUGAAAUACUCACGAGAUGGAGCCAAGGGCGUACAUUAGUUGGUCAACAUUUCUAUUCCUAUAUUUUAGACCUGUACAUCUUGAUGGGACUAGUUUUAUAAAGUCAAUGUUUGGGUACGAAGUGUACAAUGAUGACUGGAUAGCAACCAAUGCAACAGAUUUAAAGUUGAAUCUGAAAAUCAAGCUCCAUGGUCAGCAUAUUGCCCAAGAAACAGUUGUUAAUCUAAUUCAAGGUCAUCUAAAAGACACUGACCCGACAAAAGCUUUGGUAUUGUCUUUUCAUGGACCUCCUGGAGUUGGAAAAACAAUUGUCAGUCGCCUAAUAGCCAAGUCUUUAUAUAAACUCACCAGUAGCAUGCAGCAACAGAUCACCAGUACCAGUUUCAUGCAGGAACAGAUGGCAGCUAUGCUAGACGAGAUGAGUGUGACAUUGAAGAAGAACACCGAGGAGUUCUGUAGAGAGAUUAAAAAGAUGUGUACCUCAGCGAAGGAAGUGACGAGCCCCGUGGUGAAAACGAUGGGCGUGGUGGAAGUAACCUUGUACGACCAAGGAGACUUGAAAGAUGAAGGAGAUUCACCAUCGUUGGACAUUGAACUAUUACCCACCCAAUGCUGUGAAUCAAUAAGCAGUAACAACGGCAAUGUUGGUGAAGGUGGUACUGCCUGUGAAUCCGAAGACAAGGAGUACAGACCUGAGAAUCAGAAAGAGAGCGAAGAAGAGACAAGAGAAGCGGCCUAUAGUCCAACAGAAGCUUGUGAUGCAGCUGUACCUGAUAUGAGCACAUCAAACAGCAAGACAGAUCAAGUGAAUGUUUGCUCCGCGUCCAAACAUGUUGCUGAGGAACGUUUGCAUGUUGAAAGUGGCCUACAAAGUGGACAAGAUGCCAGCCACCUUGUUACUGACCAACUGAGGUCUUGGAUAGAAGGAAAUGUUACAGCAUGUGAAAGAUCCUUGUUUAUCAUUGAUGAAGUGGACAAGAUGCCAGCCACCUUGUUAGAUGUUCUUACUCCGUAUCUUGAUGCUAAUGAGUGUGUUAAUGAUAUAGCGUAUCGAAAAUGUAUAUACAUAAUAAGGUACUUUUUGGUAUUUAAUUUGUGUAACACUGGGGGAAUCGAUAUAACAACACUUGUUACGAGACAAUUGGAAUCUGGCCAAAGAAGAGAAACAUUAAAACUUUCGAACUUGGAGAAUCAGUUGAUGAAGGGAGCCUUAAAUAUUGAAAAAUCACGUGGUCUGUGGCACAGUGAUCUAAUUAUCAAUCACCUCAUCUCAGCAUACGUCCCGUUCCUGCCAUUGGCUAAAGAGCACGUCAGAAGCUGCAUCCGAGACGGACUAGUCUCAAAACACUAUUAUACAAACCUGAGAAGUGUUCCGGAAUCGGUCGUAGAUCGAAUCAUUAAAGAGUUGACUUUCAUUCCAGAAGAGGAACAAAUAUUCUCUAGUAAUGGUUGUAAAAGAGUAGUUGAUAAAAUAUUUUUAGUUGUGGAAUAUAUAAGGGAAGAACUUUGAAUAAAACAUAAACUUUUGACCCUGAAA